AUCAUGGUAGCUUUCAAAGGUGUAUGGACGCAGUCGUUCUGGAAAGCCGUCUCUGCAGAAUUUCUGGGCACUCUUAUUUUUGUUCUUCUUGGUCUUGGCUCAACAAUCAGCUGGACCUCAGCGGACAGCUCCCAGCCAGCAGAUCUAGUACUUAUAUCUCUGUGCUUCGGAUAUGGUAUUGUAACCAUGGUGCAUUGCUUUGGGCAUAUCAGUGGUGCUCAUAUAAACCCUGCAGUAACAAUCGCUCUUGUGUGUACAAGAAAAUUAACACUUGCCAAGUCAGUAUUUUAUAUCAUUGCACAAUGCCUGGGAGCCAUCCUUGGGGCAGGACUUCUUUAUCUUAUUACCCCGAACGAUAUCAGUGGAAACCUAGGUGUAACAAUGAUUAAUGAGAGACUUUCCAUUGGUCAUGGGCUCUUAAUAGAACUUAUAAUUACUUUUCAGUUAGUCUUUACUAUUUCUGCAAGCUGUGAUCCAAAGAACAAGGACAGACUACCAGCCCUUGCAAUUGGAAUUUCUGUUGUAUUUGGACAUUUAUUUGCAAUAAACUACACUGGAGCAAGCAUGAAUCCGGCAAGAUCUCUUGGCCCAGCUGUCAUUAUGUGGAAAUGGGACAACCACUGGAUAUAUUGUAUUGUACCUAUUAUUGGAGCGAUCUGUGCAGGAGCAGCUUAUAAUUAUAUUUACUGCCCCGAUGCUGAUUUCAAACAACAUUUAAAAGAAGCGCUAAAAAAAGCUAAACAAAAAACAAACGGAAAAUACAUUGAAGUGGGUGACAAUCGAAGCCAGGUUGAUACAGAUGACCUGAUCCUUAAAUCUGGGACUAUACAUGUCAUUGAUAUUGAACAGGGGGAAGGAAAGAAAGGAAAAGACUCAGCAAGUGAAAUAUUAUCUACUGUAUAA